CCGUGGGAGAGCUCAGAUAGAGACGUGCCUUCAGUCUUGGAGUGGCGCUGUCACACGCUGAUAUACAAAUACGCGUUUUAGACUCAAACGCACUAAAAAAAAAAAGAAAAAAAGGACAAACACACACAGCAAGGCUGCUGCGUAUACACAUUGUAUUUUAGUGGGACACGCAUAGACACACAAACGCACUUCUCCCGCACUCACACAGACACGCGCGCACACAAACACGCGCACACACACACACAGGGGGACUAAACAGUUUCUCUCUCUAUCUCUUUCUAUUGCUUGCUCGCUCAGCUGCUCUCUCGCGCUCCCUCUCUCUCUCUCUCUCUCCCCCUCUCCCUCCCAUCUACACACACACACACACCACUACAGUAUAUCAGCGAGUGACUCGCGGAGAGCCAGAGGGGAGUGCAGAAAUGAAUGUGAAGAUCCUGACGCUGGUGAUUGUGCUCUUGGUUUCUCUGCUGUGUUCUGCCAGUGCUGGUCCCAUGGCCUCCACGGAGCAUGGUAGGGAGCUGGAAGAGGUGGCUAUGGUGAGAAAGCCGGUCCAGCAGAACCCGGGCAGGGGUGGUCAGACCCAUAGACCAGCUGGCUGGAAGAGGAGACGCCCACGGCCCCGUCUUUCCCACAAGGGGCCCAUGCCUUUCUAGAACAAGGCAUUGCUUUGAGCCUCCUCCCCUAGGUUCUGAUUUCUAUGCUCUUCCUUUGCCUUGGGGGGUCUUGCAAUGAAGGGCCUACGCUUGCCCAGCCUGAAGAGUGAUGUCCAUAGCACCUGCUGGUUCUUCAAGCAACUCUGUCCACAAAAAAAAUCAGGACAAGCCGCUCACCCUCAGCUCUAAGAUGAAUUGGGGACAGGGCAGGGGGGUGGGGGGUAUUGAGCCCGUAUUGAGCCCGAGCUACAAGAUUCUAUUUCUCUGUCUCUCUCUCGUUCUCUCAUUCCCUCACUUCUCUAUUUAUCUGUCCUUUCCCAAGUGUUUUUUCCCGCAAUCAUUUGCUUUCUAGAGCCCUGUCAUAGCCAACUCCCUGAGUGUGUCUCACACUUUGCAUGACAUCUGGUGGAGAGGGAGCCCGGUCCAAGCAGUCUUUGUCUGAAAAAGCAUCUGUCCAUGGUGUGCUAUUCCCAUCUCUCAGAUCCAAGGUGAUCACAGCUACUAGUUCCAUUGCUGUGUAGCUAUUUCUGGCUUUUACUAUUAGAAGAGGGUGCUGAUCGUGUGGAGGGGCAGUGGCAGUUUCAAAAGUUGACCACAUCAACUAAAAUUCAGUUCACUCAUGAUAUUCUGAUACUCCUGUCUGCUGCAAAAAAAACAAAAAAAAAAGAAUCCAAGAGUUUCCUUUCCAAAUGAAGUUGUGAAAAAGCAUUAACUUUUUGACAUGAUCACCAUUGCUAAAUUACCAUUGUUAUUGGUGCUUUCUACUUCCUGUCUACAGUGCAUUCUCAUAUGAAGUAAAGUGAUAUUGGACUUGAGGGAGGAUUCCGUUUAGCCAACAACGGACCAUUUGGUCAAAAUAAUCGGCUUUAAAGCAACCGAAUAUGUUACUUCAUUUAGCAGAAUCUUUAAUCCAAAGCUAUUUGGUGUUACUGAACUUGUUAACACCUUGGGGUUUAACAAUGUGCUCAAAGUUACAGCCACAGUGUCCCACCUGGGACGACUCCUUUGACCCUAAAUCCCAGUCCCAAUCCUGUCCCCAAUCCCUGGCCUCCUCACCACACUGCUGCUCCAUGCAGCUGCUCUACACGACUGUUAACUGGCAGGAGGGAGGGUUCUGCUCCACCAACAGAUCACCUUGCCUUUUAAUGAAGUGCCAAAUAAUAACCUACUCCACAAUGCUGCCAGGAAUGAAGGAUCAAAAGGAUGGGAGACGUGAGAAACACAUUACCUCUUGUUUGAAGUCUUGAUACACUGACACAUUAUGCAUUUUAAACUUCUGCAAAGAGAAACAAAUCCCAUUUAAGACCGUGGUAGCAAGGAGGACAGUUGAAUUAGACCAAAAACAGUUUUAAAGCAGACAUCUGUCAGCUCAGUAAAUAGACCACCAUGUUCAGCCUACCACUAGUGCUCUGAUUGUCUUGCCAUUCAGCAUAAGGCUGGUUUGACCCUUUGACUGAGAUCUUAGAUGGAAUGCUAUGCCUUUCCAUCAUACUGGAAUAUAUUACUGUUUAUGUUUUGUUUUUUGUUAUAUUUCGUUCUCUAGUUUUUCUAGUUUUAUUUCUUUUUUUCUCAGGGUGCUGUGAUAGAAGCUUGUACCAGAGCAGUCUAUUUUGUGCAUUUAUUUAACGAUAAACACAAACAUACAGUACAUUUAUAGCUUAUAUGAACAUAUUUUCGUAUACUGUAUCUUAACUCUCCGUCUAUGUAUACACCAGUAUAGCUAUGUAUCCAGAUUCAGUCCUUGCUAGUCAUGAUUCUAUCCCCACGUAGGGUAAAGUUGCCUUGCUAGCUUGCCCUUCCACGGCACAGGUGGUCGUGGCUCUUAUCAUUACGCUCAUUAAAUCCCAUGGUUAAGCUUUCUCAGAUGGAUCUCCCAAAGGCUGGCUGGGGCCACUUACAGUCUGAGCUCAUUGUCAGAUUGUCUUAGAUCGAAACUUCCCCCUUCCCCCUUUCCAAUCCCCAAACCCCUGCUGAUUUCUCUACAGUGCAUAACUAUGUGACAAUGCAGCCACCACCCAUCCUCUGGUGUCCCAUCAGGUAUGUGGGGAAAUCUCCAAAAUUUGAUUCCAGUUGACCCUUUAAUCCAAAAGCUAUUUCUAACUUUUAGCAGGAUUUACAUCUAACCAAUAGGCAAACACCCUUACUAAAAACGGUUCUGACCGGAGAAUAAAACUGGCAAGUUAACCUAGAUUUCCAAUAUCUUUUCCCUCUGUUGCCAGUCUCAUGCAAAUAUUAUAAUAAAAUACAGUCUUCUCAUUCCCAGCAUGAGAGGCUUUUAUUAAGAGAGCAUCUAAAAUCACAGUGGUAAUCCACCCAUCCAAGCUCACCUUGAUUAAAAAUGUAUUAAAUCCUAGGGCACUGUGAAGAGCAAUAAUUUCAGUUCCACCAUUAUUAUUUCAUACCCUCUCAGACAGAGAUGUAGAUUUCAUUAAUGCUCCUUGGGAAUGAGACAGCGUUGAUCAGGGUGUCUCAUGUAUAAUUGGAGAAGGUAGUAGGAGGAUAUGAGCUAGGGCUGGAAGUUCCAAGCCGCAGGAGUUGGGAUGCUGGAGUACACUGGGUUCGCGACAGGGGGUUCAAAUCAAUAUUUCCCCAUCUCAGAAGUUAUUGUUAGGGAGCCGAGCAACGUCUGUAUCCGCACUGUUCUCCAUGAAUGUAUCCUCACCAUCUGCACCAGCCAUGCUUCCCUCUCAGAGACCAGAGCAAACCAUUGUUGAGACAGAGCACCAUUUAAAUCUUGGUCUGGUUAUCAGUUAUAUCCACACACAAAAAACAAAAAAAAAAACAAAGCCAAAUAUCCCUUGAUCCAAAGCCUACUAUAUCAAUUAGUCUCAUGAUCAAUAGACAUGGCUUUGCUCCAAGACUUCUCUGUAUGGGUUUGCAAGGCUGCACUUUUGCAAUUCCAUUAUGCUGCUGGAAAAAUAAACCCUGAAAACAAGAGUCUCUUGGUAUGGAAUAGUUUUCCAGUGUUUUGUGACAAUUUUUUAUGUCUGAUUCUUGUCUAGCUGGUUGUCCAAAGCUUACUUUCUGAAUACAGUGUGAAAAACCUGUAUCUUUUGUGGAUGUAACAAAAUAGAAAAGUAGUCUGCAGCACAAUAUGUCGUGGACACGUGAAAGCUUUCAGGCAUUCUUUUCUUGUAGAUGCUAGCCCACAGCCCUCCCUUGCGCAUCAGGUUAAUGGGCCUUGUGGUGUGGAAGGACAAGCACAUCCAGGCUCAAACUGAAAUGGUAAACCAAUACAUUAUGCUCAGAGAGCAGAACCAUUUUCCUUAAUGGUCUUUUCCAGCAAGGCUUACACAAGAGAAACGAUUCCUAUCCUCUCAGUGUUUCCUCUUCAAUUCCUCUUGUCUGACUGUCAAAAGGCCUGAGUAAUGUUCCUAUGCACUUGUUAGCAUGUACCCCUGGUAAGCUAUGUUUGUUUGAGAAGUUACCUCUUUUUCUUUAGCUCUUUUUAUCCAUGACGCAUUUGGCUGGGAGUGUGAAAGGAGUAGGGGUGAACAGAGAGACAGAUUUGUGUUACAGAUUCAGACAAGAAUAAACUAGCAGUUGUAAACUUGCAGCUAGCAGGUUAUGAAACAUUAGCUUUAGCUGUUGGUUGCUGUUUUCAGCUAGUUGUAGAGAGAGCCCCCACAGAGAAUCAUUCAAACCCACAAGGUUAUUCAUUUUUGAUAUUGCUGUCACACAAAUUUGCUCAGUUCUCUACCAGACAAAAUCCAUGUCUACAUAAUCACAAACCGCAUAUUUGUACUCAUUGAGGAAAAGGAAAAUGCAACCGUUAGUAACACAUUCCACAAUUUAUCUUGUGCAUCUCUAAGCUCAUCACAAGUGUAACAUGUUGGCCUCUCAGAGUGGGUGUUUGCAGGAUCAAGUGGCUGAUAUUCAAUCCAAUGUAUUCACACAUUUCCACUGGCCGGGCAAUCCAAAGGAUAACCAGAUUUUAUCUCCCAUGGGAAAUGAGUAGGAUCUGUCAUCAUCUUGAAUCCUCAAAAAUGAGACUUCCCAUACCCAGAAUAGAACAGGCCCUUCCUCCCUCGAUUGUGACACGUUCUUUAUCUAUAUAACCGCUGUGUCCAAUGUUGAUUCCGCUCACCAACAGUUUGAGGGGAACUGCAGGGUCUGUAGGCUUACAUGCCAUUGCAACAGUGUUACUAGGUUUAAAGCAGAUACCGUUUUUAAGACAAUGUAUUACUCCUGAACCUCAUUAAUUCUGUUUAUGGUGUGUGCUCAUAUUACUCACCAGGCCAAAUGUACAGUCCCUGUCUCUGUUUUGAUGUUGAACUGGGCAAAAAUAAAACGAAAUAAAUGAAUAAAUAAAUAAAUAAAACAAGUGUAUCAGAAAUGGUUGAAAUACUGUGUACAUAUUUGAACUUUUGGUUUCUAAUUUAUAAAAGAUAAGCUUUAGCUCUUGGAGUACUUAUUUUAUUUUAUUUUUUCCUUUCAUGCGUAGCUUUGUGUUUUUAUUUUCUAUUUCUGUAAAGUGUGUAAAUAUAUC